AUGGCUUUCAUUGCCCAGGUGAGCGUCAAUUAUAACCAAGAAUUAAUGACUUUUGAGGCCAAGAAAUAUGACAGAGUGAGGAAGAUCAACGAGCAUGUCCGUGCUAAGACCAAAGUUUGUGUGCCGGACCAAGUUCUUCUUCUGGGCUCCAAGACUCUAGAGCCCCAGAGGAGGCUGUCAUCUUACGGCAUCGACAAGGAGACCACCAUCCACCUGACCCUGAGAGUGGUGAAGCCCAGUGACGAUGAAGAGCUUCCCUUGGCCCUGGUGGAUUCACGAGAUCAGGGGCAGAAGUACCAGCUGCAGGUGCGAAGGUCCAACUCUGUGGUCCAGGUGAAGGAAAUGAUCAAGAACCUGACUGGGGUGACUCCUGAGUCCCAGAAUGUGACUUGCAAUGGAAAGAAGCUGGAAGCUGGGAAGACCAUGGCAGAUUAUCAAAUUAAAAAGGGCUCUGUAUUCUUUAUGACAACUUCUUGCAUUGGAGGGUGA